AUGAGUCCUAAGAUUGAUCAGGAGCAACAACGGAUGCGUAAUAUACCCUACGCUUCAACCGUGGGUAGUCUUAUGUACGCAAUGCUAUGUACAAGGCCUGAUAUAACUUAUGCUGUAAGUAUUACGAGCAAAUAUCAAUCAAAGCCAGGAGAGAAACAUUGGUCUGCAGUUAAAACAAUCUUUAAGUACUUGAGAAUGACUAAAGAUUUAAUACUGAGUUAUAGAGGUUCUGAAUUGAAAAUCCAGGGAUACUCAGAAUCUGAUUUUCAAUCAGAUGUGGAUGAUAGAAAGUCUACAUCCGGAUUCAUCUUUACAUGCAAUGGAGGAGCAAUUAGUUGGAAAAGUUCCAAACAAUCGACCACUACCGACUCCACUACAGAAGCUGAAUAUAUUGUCACUUCAGAAGCAGCAAAAGAAGGUGUAUGGAUACGCAAAUUUGUAGUUGAACUUGACAUGGUUCCAAACAUGAGUUAUCUGAUAACCUUGUUCUGUGACAAUAAUGGUGUUAUUGCACAGGCAAAAGAACCAAGAGCACACCAAAAAUCAAAACAUAUUUAG